AUGGAGUGGUCAGACCAGCAGCAGCAGCAGCAGCAAGAGAGCAGCAGCAGCAGCAAGAGAGAGCAGCAGCAGCAGCAGCAAGAGAGCAGCAAGGCAGCAGCAGCAGGAAAGAGGCAGCAGCAGCAGCAGCAAAAGGCAGCAAUAGAAGCAGCAGCAGCAGCAGCAGCAGCAGCAGCAGCAGCAGCAGCAAAAGGCAGGAACAGAAGCAGCAGCAGCAGCAGCAAAAGGCAGGAAUAG